AUGAGAUUCUCCCUUUCGUGGGCUGCUGCACUCUUAGCAACUACGGCGCUGGCUACUCCAGUGACUAAUGAAGGCCUCACAAAGCGAGACGACCGUGGUCAUUACACCGUUUCUGGCCUCGGGGCGCACAAGAAGGCAAUUCUCGAUGCUGGUGGCAACACUCUCGAUAUUGCCAUUGCCAUGCUCGAGAUAGAGGAUAUGAACACUUCCCACUAUCCCUAUGGCGACGCCAAGACCAAAGACGCAGCGAAUUUUGGCCUGUUCAAGCAGAACUGGGGCAUGCUCCGCGUCUGCGCUUCGCGCUAUGGCUUUGUUGGCCAGUCCGAGUCUCAAUGGAAUAAUGGAGCGCUUCUCAACUCCAAUGUGUGGGCAGACGUUGCCUCCCGCUGGGACUGCCAGGGCUACUACGGGUAUGACAAGUGGUUUGCUGGCCACCGCAACGGUGCUUCCGGCCUUCAGAAUCCUUACACUCAGGACAUUCUCAACUACAAGUCGGGUGUCGAGUGGAUUCAGCAGCAGAUCGACAGCAACAGCGGGUACAAGUAUGAUGAUACUCGCUUCUGGGUUGACAUCCCUGCCAUCUAG